AUGUUGAUAUUUGAAAUCGCAUUCUACUUCAGAUUCGAUAGCAGCAGUGAUAAAGCAAUGUCGAAACGACUUGAUGUUCUUAUUUUUGGUGCCACCGGUUUUACGGGUCAAUAUAUCGUCGAAGAAAUGGCAAGAAAAGCGAAACAGUUCGGAUUUAAAUGGGGCGUAGCCGGACGUACAGUUGACAAAUUACACCAAAGUCUUGAAGACGCUUCAACUGUUACAGGAAUUGAAAAUUUGGUAUCAAAUAUCGAUACGAUUAUUGCAAAUGUUACAAAUCAACAAUCGUUAGUUGAUAUGUGUGGUCGCACGAAAGUUUUGCUCAAUUGUGUUGGACCAUAUCGUCAUUAUGGCGAACCUGUAGUACAAGCUUGUCUUCAAGCACGUACGCAUUAUAUUGAUAUAUGUGGUGAACCGCAAUUUCUUGAAACAACUCAAUUGCAAUAUGAUGGUCAGGCUAAAGAAAAUGAAAUAGCAAUUGUUGGUAGUUGUGGUUUUGAUUCGCUUGUUGCUGAUCUUGGCGUUGAAAUGAUUCGACAAGAAUGUGAAACAAAGAAUAUUGAUAUUGCAUUGAUUGAAAGUUUUUUCGUCAUAAACUAUUCAAUGUCACCAGUGAGUCGUGGUCUGAUUCACUUUGCAACAUGGGAAUCAGCUGUUUAUGGCUUAUCUCAGGCCUACCAAUUACAAUCAAUUCGUCGAAAACUAUUUCCACAAAAAUUACCAUAUGCAAAUUAUAAAAUGAAAAGUAAAUCAUUUACAAAAACAACCGUUAAUGGAAAAUCAUUUUGGAGUAUACCAUUUAUUGGUAGUGAUAAAUCUGUUGUGCAACGUUCGCAAUACUUUAAUUACACAGUGUUAAAUAAAAAACCGAUUCGUUUUCUACCGUAUUUUCAAUUGUCUUCCUUCGCUGCCGUUGUUAAAGUUAUAUUAUAUGGUUUAAUUUUUUCAUUAUUUACGAAAUUUAAACUUGGCAUGAGAUUAUUACUUAAAUUUCCACGUUUUUUUUCUGGUGGUUUAGUUACUAAAGAAGGGCCAACACGACAUGACUGUGAACAAACUUCAUUUAAUAUGACUUUUGUAACUCAUACGGAAAACAAACAAAAACUAAUUCAUGAAUUCGCAGGCAUCGAUCCAGGAUAUAUUGGAACAUCAAAAUUAUCAAUUGCUUGUGCAAUUAUGUUACUUCAAGAAAAUGAUCGUUUACCCGCCAAAGGUGGCGUUUUUACACCAGCAUCAGCAUUUGGCCGUACAAGUCUGAUGAAUUUUUUGGAAAAAGAAGGAUUUUCAUUUACAAAAAAAUAG